CCCCCCCUCACAGCAGACCCUCUUCCCUCCCCACCCCAGUCCUACGAGGACCUGGUGCAACGUUUGGAGCCUGUCAUCAUGGAGCUGGAACGGCAGGAGAACGUCUUGGUCAUCUGUCACCAGGCCGUCAUGCGCUGCCUGCUGGCUUAUUUCCUGGACAAGAGCUCUGAGGAGCUGCCCUACCUGCGGUGCCCCCUGCACACCGUGCUCAAGCUGACCCCCGUGGCUUACGGGUGUGAAGUGGAGUCCAUCUUCCUCAACGUGGAGGCGGUGAACACCCAUCGCGAGCGGCCCCAGAAUGUUGACGUCAGCCGCCCCACGGCCGAAGCUUUGGUCACCGUUCCUGAGCACUACUGAGCCUCCCAACCCCCCCCUCCCCCCCGGAUAAUUAAAGCUUGCCUUAACGAAGA